GGAGCCGGAGAGUGAGAGUUUAAUUACUACAAACUACAUAGGGUGAGACUGGCUUGAAAAAUCCAUUUCUGGUUCCUAUUUAAUCCGCGAAAUGAAACCAAAAUCAAGCGACCCUUUCGUCUAAUCUUCGCCAUGACAACAAUCUUACAAAUUUCCAUUAGCAGCGUCAUACUACGCCAUGGUUUUGACAAGGAAUUUAUCAACUCUUCAUCCCUGUCAAGGGUAAAUCUUGGUUCUUUAUGGGUAAACAGGUACAGAGUGAGGGCUCAUGGGGAGCAUCAGAUAUGGUGUAUGAUGGGUAGAAUCGAAGAUGGAAUCUUACUGAAAGAUGAAGGGCGUAUGAUGAGGAAGAAGAAGAGGGUGGUUUUGGCGAGAUUUAACCAGGGUUUUGGGUUUAAUGGCGGCGGCGGAGGUGGGGGUGGCAGAGAUAAUAGUAACAAUGCGAGGAUUCUGGGUAAUCUUGCUUUGGCUGUUGGCUUGACUUAUCUUUCAAUGACUGGUCAGCUUGGCUGGGUUUUGGAUGCUAUCGUUUCCAUCUGGCUCAUCCUGUUGAUUGUACCUGUUGUGGGUUUGGGAGCUUUUCUAUGGUGGGCAGGAAGAGAUAUUAUUCAAAGCAGUUGUCCGAACUGUGGAAAUGAUUUUCAAGUUUUCAAAUCUUCUUUGAACGAUGAAUUGCAACUUUGUCCCUUCUGCAGUCAGCCAUUUUCAGUGGUAGAUGACAAGUUUGUUAGGGAUUCUGUAAAGUUCUCCAACCAAGCAACAACAUUUGGGCAAGCAUUUAGUGACUUCUCUCCCAGUUCCAAGAAAGAGAAGAAGUAUUCAACUGCAGUUGUUGAUGUUGAAGCGGAAGUUAAAGAUGCAGAAUGAGACACUGAAACUUUUCAUUCCAAAAUGUGGGGAUACACUUGGAGAAGAGGACUUACCACGCGGGGUGAAGAAAAGCAAGUUAUAGAAAUGUCUAAAUUUUGAUAGCCAUGUGAAUUAGUAUUAUAUUUUGUAUACAGUCUAUUCACAUGGUCCCUUGGUCUUUGUAUAUCUGAAAUGUUCUCGGAAGAAACAUGUGAAAUCCAGAUAUGAUUAUUGGCUUCCUUCAGUAGUAUAUUGAUCUCUUGCAUGUGACCACACUAACUAUGCUGUAUAUGUACUAUUGCGUCAAAAUUUGAUGAUUGUUUUAUGAAA